GGACAGGACGAGCAGUGAGCGCUGAGACGGGCGCGGGCAGCUGGUAAAUCAACAACCCACGUCCCCGUCAAAAGAGAUAAAAGUUCAGUUCGGCCAUCAAACGACCCUCGGAAAAAAACAAUGAAUCUGUUUGUGGAAACUUUUCUGUUCCUGGGCACGCUCGUCUACUCCUACCUGGAGGCUUUUGUGAAGCUGUUUGUCCCCGUGAGGAGGAAGUCUGUCAGCGGAGAGCUUGUGCUCAUCACGGGUGCUGGCCAUGGCGUCGGCAGAGCGACCGCCCUCGAGUUCGCCAAGCGCCAGAGCAGGCUGGUCCUCUGGGACAUCAGCAAGCACGGCGUUGAGGAGACGGCAGCAGAAUGCAAGGGUCUGGGGGCCACUGUUGAAACCUUCGUGGUGGACUGCAGCAAACGGGAGGAGAUCUACAGCGCUGCAGAGAAGGUGAAAAAGGAAAUUGGGGAUGUGACCAUCCUGGUGAACAAUGCUGGUGUGAUCACAGCUGCAGACCUGCUCUCAACUCAGGACCAUCAGAUAGAAAGAAUGUUUGAAGUCAACAUCCUGGCUCACAUGUGGACGACAAGAGCUUUUCUGCCAGCCAUGAUGAACAACAACUAUGGGCACAUUGUCACGGUGGCUUCGGCAGCAGGUCAUUUUGGGACUUCUUUCAUGGUGGCUUAUUGCUCAAGCAAGUUUGCUGCAGUUGGAUUUCAUAAAGCUCUGACAGAGGAACUGUCUACCCUGGGAAAGGACGGAAUAAAAACCACGUGCCUUUGUCCGGUUUUUAUAAACACUGGAUUUGUCAAAAACCCCAGUACAAGGAUUGGAAAGAUUUUGGAGACUGAAGAGGUUGUAGAGGCUCUGAUGGAAGGAAUAGUGACCAACCAGAAAAUGGUUUUUGUUCCACCACAGCUAAAUAUUGCUUUGCUUUCUGAAAUGGUGUUUCCAGAACGUGCCCUGAAUGUUCUGAAGAAGCUCACGGUUCCAAAGUUUGAUGCAAUCAUUGGGCAGAGAAGCACCCAGUGAAGCCAAGAAUUGAUUCUCGUUUUGCAGUGGCAUGAGUGAAAACAACGUGUGCUGAGGGUAGUUCAGCUGGUUUGAUACAGAACUAAGACAGGUGCUUCCAGGCUACCAUUUCCAAGCACACAGGAGGGUUUAUCCCACACCUGCAGCAGGAAUAUAUCUGCAUAAUAUGAAAUGUUAGCAAAGCAGAGAUGCUUUGCUAGAAAGGCUGCUUUGAAUGUAUGUCACAUCGCCUCUGUCUCGUAGUGUUGAGGCAGACAGGAAUUCCCACAAAGCCUGUAUUUGGGACAGCACAGCUGCCUAUUUGAGUGCCAAGGGAUUGCCUGAAAAUAUGUUAACAUGGACUCAUUCCUGAGCAAAAGCGUCUUGCAAGAAAAAGUUUAUACAGCAGGUAGGUGGCCUGUUUCACCUCAAUUUAUCUUUUAAAUGUAA